AAAUUUUUUUAUCUUAUCAAAUUGAGUUCAAAUUCAAAAUUAAUUACAAAAAUUAAUUUCAGAGCUUGAACUUGAAGUUCUGAUCCGAAUUUAAUACAGAUGCUACCUCAUACUUCAAAUGAAAUCAUUUUCUUUGCCCAAAGUUCCAUUCCAUUGAUGCAAACUUUGUAAAAUGACAGAUGAUCAAGGAAUUUUCAUCACGUUGAUCUCUCAAUCGUAAUUUCUUGACAAGAUUCGGCUUUAACACGAUCACCGCAGCGUGAUCUUUUUACAACGUUAAAAUACCACAGAAACGAGCAGUUAACAUGUUGAAAAACAGUUCUAGCCGUCGUCAAAACUGGCCCAUCAUGUUGAAAAAUGGUACUAACCCUCGUCAAACCCGUCCCACGGAACACUUCGUUUGCGACAAAUGUAAUUUGCAAUUUGACAAGAAGAACGAAAUAAUUCGACAUCUAAAAUCGAUAUGCUGCAAGGACUAUUAUUUAAAAUCGAAGAAAACCGGAUCAACGAGAACCAGACGUAAAAACAAAUCGCAAGAUUACGAAGAAAUUCUAGUCGACGAUGGGCAAAAAUUAAACUGUGAUAUUCGUAGAAAAUAUAAAGAGAUCAGCAAGUGCUCGGUUUGCGGAACCUCGUUCUCCAGUAAGAAGAACCUGAGUAAACAUAUGAUAGCGAUACAUCAAGUACUCGAUCCUAAUAUUCCACUCGAAGAACGCAAACCAAAAAUUGGUCAUCGAUGUUCACUCUGUGAGAAAGUAUUUUCGCUGCGAAAAAACUUAUAUCAGCAUUAUCGAAAAGUACACGGGAAGACGAACGUUGGUAGAAAAGCAUCUCCUCCUAGCGAAACGAUUAAAUUGAUUUGCGACGCUUGCGGUGUUGGAUUCAGCGAGAAGAAAAGUUUAAUGAGACAUCUACGUACGAAGCAUUUAGUUAAAUUAGAUCGCGAAAAGAAAACCGUCGCUGUAUGCGAACAUUGUUCUUCGACAUUCGCUCAUAAAAAAAGCUUGUACAAACAUAAGAGAAAAUUUCACGGAGCCGGGUACAUAAAAUUCUUCAAAGAGUAUUCGACUCCUCGUGACGAUAGUUUUAUAAAAUAUAGGCCCAAAAGCAAGAAUCCGGGAAACGUUGAAGAUUACGCUUGUUUAAAGGAAAUUCUACCAGAACAAUACGAUUACAAACUAACGCAAUUUUGCUGGCUGCAACGAGAACAAGAUAACAAAUUUUCAUCGAACUGGUUCAAAGCUAAAUUAAACUUCACUUGUCAGAAUAAAGAAGACGUCAAAAAAUGGACAGAAGUUUACGAAAUGCGAAACAAAUUAUGUUUAAGGGUGCUUAGCUUUCCUCGACCGAGAACUCCGGGUGUUCUCUACAAAGGUCGUUUUCGAUGCCACCACAAUACAAUGCCUAAAAAAGGAGCUAAACCGAACGCCAAACACACCGCAUGUUCAGCCGUCCUAUCCAUCACCUUAUUAGAAACAUCGGCUGUAAAACAAGACUGCGAGAACUCUCCGGCGCCAUCUUUGAAAGCUUUAAUUUUCAUGAAAAACACCCACAAUCAUCCCGUAGGUGAUCCGGCUUCUCUACGGUAUCGUAAACCAAUCACUCAAGUGAAAGAGAAAUUCCUCAAGUAUUUCGAAGAAAAUAAAACCGUUCCUCAAGCGUUGGCUGCCCAUAAAGCAGAUCUGCAGGCAGAAUACGAUGCUGAGAAAUUUUCCAACGUAGUGAAAGAUCGAGCUUUUAUGCCAGAUGCUCGUUGGGCUUACGGAUUAUAUUACAGCUAUUAUAAAAAAAAGAAUUGCGAUCCGACCAAAGAUUCGGUUGAAAUCAGUUCCUCGCAACCUUCCUCUACCACAAAUCCUGUCAGCGUUACAUCGCAAUCUGCCCUCAAAACCGAAACAUCGCCUCGUAAAAAUUUAAUGGAUAAGUUGAACAAUGUUUUUCAACAAAUACUCCAACGAUGCGAAUCGUCACCGGCUCAUUUUCAAUUCUCGGUACAAAAUUUCAUUUCAUCUUACGAGAAUAACUGUGGCACUGAUGCUCAGUUAUCAAACGCGCUCCAUUCGUUCGCCAGACCUGAGACAACUACCGUUCAACCUUUCAAGAAUAAAGUACCUUACGUCAAGACUAUCGUCAAUGCGCCAGAAUUGGCCAAUUUUAACGUAGUAGACGAUUCAGUUCUGGCUUCGUCAUCGUCGUCUAUAUCCAGCGCCAGCGUAGUCAGUCCUAUAUUUAAAUAUGCUACUUUUUCAACGACUUGUACCAGAGCCAUCAGACAACCCCAGACGAUACCCUCGGUAGCCAGAACCGGCGUAUUGAUGCAUGAAAGAGAUAUUAUAUUACCUCAAAGCAAUACGUACAUGAUGCAGUCUGCUGCGGCUACCAAUACCGCCGAUUUAUUCGAGACUCGACCUUUGUACGCGAUCGAAACUACAGAUAAAUACGAUGAUUGUAUUUUAUAUCCUAUUGAAAAUCGACAGAAUAUUACCAAUUGUUGGACCAUGUCUUCUGAUUACGCCAUGUUUUAAAUUACACAAUUUUAUUUAAAUAAAGAUGAUAUGUUUUACACAAUA